AUGGAGUCAGGGUCAAUUCGGAGCUGGGAGGAAUUUGUAGUGGCUCUGAAAAUCAGGUUCGCACCUUCAGACUAUGAUGACCCCGUAGGAGCAUUUACAAAAUUGCAGCAAACUUCGACUGUGGAUGAGUACCAGUCCCAGUUUGAGGUACUGUCCAACAGAAUUCCAGGUUUGAUAGAGUAUUUUCGGGUGAGCUCUUUCGUCAGCGGACUCAAGGAGGAGGUGAGGAUUAUGGUAACUAUGCUCAAACCCACGACCCUCCCAAAUGCUUUUGGGUUGGCCUGCUUACAAGAACAUGAAAUUUGUAGAAGAAACCGAAAUUCCAAGUCCCAAAAUUGGUCUUCCAACUCAUUCUACCCGAGAUUGCCCACCCCAUCUUAUACCAACAAACCUACCCAUAACCAACCAGCCAACAAUCAGUUUUCCAACCCCUACCCAAACCGAAACACUACCUAUCCUUACUCCGGAAACACCAUUCGAAAACCUACCCUACCCAUGAGGAGGAUUUCUCCUAGUCAAAUGCAGGAGAGAAGGGAGAAAGGAUUGUGCUAUUACUGUGAUGAGAAAUAUCAAGCUGGGCAUAAGUGCAAUAAACCAAGGUUGCUUGUUUUGGAAGGAAUGGAGUGGGAAGAGAAGGAAGAAACAGUGGAGGAAGAGUUGCUGGAAUUCCAGGGAGUACAAGCUCCAGGUGAAGCGGAAGAGGGUGAGUUGCUCGGCAUCUCCUUACAUGCCUUAGCAGGAACUCCAACUCCCCGCACAAUGAGGUUGAUGGGAAGCAUUGGUUCGGUGGAAGUGGUUAUUCUAAUUGAUACCGGAAGUACCCACAGUUUUGUGGAUCCCAAUGUAGCCAGAAAAGCCCAACUCCCAGCUGAUGAAAAGGGACAGCUGAUAGUGAUGGUAGCGGAUGGGGCUACCCUUUCUUGCCAAGGUCAAUGUAAGGCAGUGUCCAUUCUACUACAGGGUUGUAAAUUUUCGGCUACUCUACACCUCCUAACUCUGGGGGGUUGUGAUGUGGUCCUAGGAGUUGACUGGCUGAGGUGUCUCGGACCUAUUCUAUGGGAUUUCGGGACCCUCACCAUGAAAUUUCCCUAUAACCAUCAAAAAGUAACCUUGCAAGGGAUGUCACCAACCCCUGAAUUGCUGGAUGCGAGAGAGACAAUGCCCAAGUCCACGGGAGCCAGCUGCAAAGGUGUGUGGGUACAGCUUAUGGAGAUUACAGCAGAUCAGCCCAGGACCAUGUUACACCUGGCUGUCCAGCAGCUUAUUGAAGGGUACCCGGAGGUUUUUAAGGAGCCAGAAGAACUACCACCGUCCAGGAGCCAUGACCACCAAAUUCUCCUUAAGGAUGAGGCUAAACCUACGUGUGUGAGGCCUUAUCGCUAUCCUUACUAUCAAAAGGGGGAAAUUGAGAAGUUAGUCCAAGAGAUGCUGAGUUCGAGAGUCAUUCGUCCCAGCCAAAGUCUGUACUCAUCGCCGGUGUUACUUGUGAGGAAGGUGGAUGGGAGUUGGAGGAUGUGCGUGGACUACAGGGCGCUCAACCGAGACACCAUUAAGGAUAAAUAUCCUAUCCCCAAUAUAGAUGAACUGCUGGAUGAGUUACAUGGGGCAGUGAUAUUUUCUAAAUUGGACCUACGGUCCAGUUAUCACCAAAUCCAGAUGAAACCCGAGGAUAUGCCCAAGACUACCUUCCGGACACAUGAAGGGCACUACGAAUUUCUAGUAAUGCCCUUCGGCUUAACCAAUGCACCGUCUACUUUCCAAGGAUUGAUGAACGAGGUAUUUCAACCCUAUCUUAGAAAAUUUGUUUUAGUUUUCUUUGACGAUAUCUUAGUUUAUAGUCUGAACCUUAAGGAACAUCUAAAGCAUUUAAGGUUUGUACUUGAGGUUUCAAAGGAACAUCAGUUAUAUGCCAAGGCCUCAAAAUGUAAAUUUGGGAGUUUGGAGGUAGAUUACUUAGGCCGUGUUCUGUCAGAAGGAGUGAAGGCUGACCCUGCUAAGAUUGUGGCUAUGAAGAAUUGGCCAAACCCUCGAAUUCCCAAGGCCUUGAGAGGAUUUUUGGGUCUGACUGGGUAUUAUAGAAAGUUUGUUAAGGGCUAUGGAGGAGUGGCAGCACCCUUAACGACACUUUUGAAGAAAAAUUCCUUCGGAUGGAAUGCUAGUGCUGAAGAGGCUUUUCGAAGUCUUAAUGAAUUAAUGUCCACCCCACCAGUGUUGGGUUCACCAGAUUUUACUAAAAGAUUCCUAGUUGAAAAUGUGAUGCUUCAGAGGCGAGUAUAG